ACUCAAAGGAAAACCAUCAAACGCUUCACCAGCUUUGAAGCAGCAGCAUCAAGUGCUGUUAUUUUAACGAAAAGGUCUUGGGACACAAUUUUAAGAACCUAUAAUGUAUCCAAGUAUUAACGUGCUCUCACAUAUGUACUGGACACUAAAGCAGAGUUGGCUACUGGUAUUCAUGCUGGUUUUCUUGCAUCGAACCACCGAAGGAAUGCCACUUCUUGCACGCAAUGAGUGUGACUCCGGUAAUUCAGUGGAUCCCAGAGAGUGUGGGCAUGGCGCCUUCGACUUAAAUGUGAACCGCACAAAUUGCGAAUCUCGCAUGGUUUGUUACAGGAAUAUAGGUGAGACUUGCCAGGA